CAGACGCUCAUACAUUGCCCAUCGACUAUUGAGAAGAGGUGCUGGGUUUCUGGCUAUUCAGACGUCAGAGGAAGAGGGUAGAGCAGCAGCCCAUUCCUGUCUUCCCCAUUUCAGCCACCCGGGGCGCCUCGCUGGUCGCUGCCUUCACUCCCACUUCUCGACUUCUUGUCCCCAUCCCAUGCGCGCGCCUCGUGAGCUCUCGUAAGCUGGAUGGCCGGAUCGAUCCCCAUGGCCGCAUCCACUGCUUGGGAGAAGCUCAGCCACCAUUUCGCCUCCUCUUCCCUCCUCACCAAGCGCGCCGUCGCCUUGGCGCUCUACGCGCUCAUUCCCCUCGCCCUCCUCCACUACCUCCUCACCCUUCCUCCUCCUCUGCCCCCUCCUCCCGCCGCCGCCGCCGCCGCCGCCCCCUCCUCCCCGUCGCCGUCGCGCCGGGCGAAUGCCUCCGCUGCUGCAUCGCCACCACCGGAGGAGUGCGACUACUCGGACGGGGAGUGGGUGCGUACCGCGGCGGGGCCGCGGUACAGCGGGGCGAGCUGCGGCGAGACCAUCAAGGCCGGCCAGAACUGCGCGGCGCACGGGCGGCCCGACACGGGGUACCUCCGCUGGCGGUGGCGCCCGCGCGGGUGCGCGCUGCCGCCCUUCGACCCCGCGGGGUUCCUCGGCGCGGUGCGCGGCCGGCACCUGGCCUUCGUGGGGGACUCGCUCGCGCGGAACCAGUGCGAGUCCCUCGUCUGCCUGCUCGCCUCCGCGUUCCCGGCCCGGCUCGUGCGCGGCGCCGGCGGCGGCGACGGGGACGGCGACGGCGACGAGCUCCGCAAGUUCCGGCGCUGGGCGUUUCCGUCGCACAACGCCACCGUGUCGGUGUUCUGGUCCCCGUUCCUGGUGAACGGCACGGAGAGGCCCAAGACGCCGCCGCCGGCUGCGGCGGGCGGGCUGUACCACAACCGGAUCUACUUCGACCAGCCCGACGAGCGGUGGGCGGCGGAGGCCCCGAGCUUCGACGUGGUGGUGCUCUCGUCGGGGCAGUGGUACCUGAACCCGGCCAUGUUCUACGACCGCGGCGCCUUCAUCGGGUGCCACCGCUGCCCGGAGGGCAACCGCACGGAGACGGGCUUCUUCGGCGUGUUCCGCCUCGCCGUCCGGAACGCGCUCCGCGAGCUCAUCGCCCGCGUCGCUUCCUCCGCUUCCUCCUCCUCGUCGCCCGCCCGCCCCCGGCUGGCCGUGGUGACGACCUUCUCGCCGGCGCACUUCGAGGGGGAGUGGGACAGCCCGACGUCGUGCGCGCGCACGGAGCCGUACGCGCGCGGGGAGCGGGAGCCGCUGUACAUGGACGAGGAGAUGCUGCGCGCCGGGGUGGAGGAGGCCGCGGCGGCGGGCGCCGACGCGACGGCGCGUGGGGCGGGCCUGGCCGUGGAGGCGCUGCAGGUGACGCGGCUGGCGGCGAUGCGCCCGGACGGGCACCCGGGCCUGUACACGCGGGCGUUCCCGCUCGCCGGCGGCGCCAGGGAGCGCAUGCCCAACGACUGCGUGCACUGGUGCCUGCCCGGGCCCAUCGACACAUGGAACGAGAUCCUGCUGCAGGUUGUCAAGCGAUGGGCCGACAGCGCCGACGCCGGCGCGGCGUCGGCAGCGCCGUCAAACUAGUCGGGGUUACCAAGUGGUCGUGGGGACGGGUGAAUUUGGCUUGGAGCUCGGAUAGAAUGUGAAAUUUGUGGAGCCAUCAUUUUGUCCAUAUUCUCCGACCAAAUGGAGUUGGUUCCGCAAUGUAAACCUUGUUCUUUUUUUUUCAUAGUGUAACCUUGUUCUUAGGUCUGCAGAAGAUGGCAGAGGAUGUGGCAAUGGCCCUGAAACAGCGGCCUGAAUGGGAGGCGUGUGACGCGGUCUUGACCUUUUCCAUCAAUUAGCGGCGCUCGCUAUGCUACGAAUAACCUUCUACCCGGAGACCACUGGCCUGUUCAUGGUGCUCUUGGCUAAGCCUGGACCUGAUCACCUGAAACAUAGGAGUACCAGUUAAACAAAACAUAAUCAGUGAGUUAUGCUCAGCUCAGCAUACAGUUGUAUAAACAUGCCCUGGUUGUUAGCAAUAAUGUGUAAUCUCAAAAAAAAAAAA